CGGCUACCUUCAGCAGUUGCGCGGAGGCAGCCGCCAUUGACCCUGCGCCCACCGAGCUUUUAAGGGUGUGGCGGGUUCUGAGCAGUGGGAGAGAGGCUCAGCGUCGCUGGGAGCUAGGGGGCGAGGAAGGGACGGAAGCAUCGUGGGCGUAGGAGGCAGUCUCCGCACACCGACGGUCCGAGAAAGCGGCUUCCCGCAGACUCGGGCGUGACCGCCAGCCCAGCACGGCGCCGACCCUCUGGGAGCGCCCGCACCCGAACACCAGGCGCUCCAGUGCGCGUGCGCGGCGAGGGUCUUCCCGCACCUGAUCGCGAGACACCAGCGGCCGGCUGCUCGAGGCCUUGCCCGGGCGGCCGGGUGGAUCCCGUCAUGGCCCUGCUGUGUGGGCCCAGGCGGUGCGGCGCGCUCCUCGCUCUGCUGGCCUCGCUGCUCCUUUUCGGUGCUGAGGCGGCCGACGGAGAACGUGGCGUCCACGACUUUUGCCGAGUUUCAAAGAUAGUGGGACGAUGUCGGGCCUCCAUGCCUAGGUGGUGGUACAAUGUCACUGACAGAUCCUGCCAGCAGUUUGUGUAUGGAGGCUGUGAAGGGAAUGACAAUAAUUACAUGACCAAGAAGGAGUGUCUUGAGAAAUGUGCAGGUGUCACAGAGAACACCUUUGGUGACCUGGACACGAGCAGGAAUGGAGCAGAUUCCUCUGUCCCAAGUGUUCCCAGAAGGCAGAAUUCUGAUGACUUCUCCAUCAAUAUUUUCAACUAUGAAGAAUACUGUACUGCCAAGGCAGUCACUGGGCCUUGCCGCGCAUCCUUCCAACGCUGGUACUUUGAUGCUGAGAAGAAUUCUUGUGAUAACUUCAUCUACGGGGGGUGCCGGGGCAAUAAAAACAGCUACCUCUCCAAGGAGGAGUGCAUGCACCACUGCUUUGGCAAGCAGUUGUAUCCUGUCCUGCCCCACGGUACUAAAGUGGUGGUCCUGGUGGGGCUGUUCGCGAUGAUCCUGAUCCUCUUGCUGGGAGCAUCCGUGGUCUGCCUGAUGAGGACAGCACGGAGGAACCAGGAGCGUGCCCUCUGCACCAUCUGGAGCUCUGGGGACGACAAGGAGCACCUGGUGAAGAACACAUACGUCCUGUGAAUGCCCGGUGGUCAUCGGGCCGUGCCCUUCAGGACUCCCGCUAUUGAAGAGGACCUGGAAGGGAGGGGAGACAAGUGUAGAAUGUGUGUGUGCUUUUUAAAAUAGUGAUUGUUUUGUGUUUGUACGACAAGUGUAGAAUGUGUGUAUGCUUUUUAAAAUAGUGAUUGUUUUGUGUUUGUACGAUCAUUAGGGCUUUUGGUGUGCAUGUUGCUCAAGAAGGUAAGAGGGCUACUUCCUGGUCUCCCCAGGGUGGGUCUGCUUUGGAAAUCCUCUUGGAGAAGGGCUCUGUGUCCAUUUCAAGUGGUCUGGGAUCAGAUGAGAGCCAGGUCCUCUUCAGUUUCUUUACUCCAGGUAUAAUUUUCUUUGCUUAUAUUGAAUCCUAUUCCCUCCUUUCCCAUCACAAAAGUGAUCUUCUAAUAGUUCCCUAUGUUUGUUUGAUUUGUGGUUUUUUUUUUUUUAAUUAGGUAGAAACAAGUUUUUUAUUAGGAUUCUGAAAGGAGAGUAAAAUGUACAAGGUUAAUAAAAAGGGCCUUCCCUUUUAAAAUAAA